AUGGUCCAGCAAAUCCCCCAGGCCUCCCGCCUCAUGGACCUCUUCAGCCUCAAGGGCAAGGUCGUCGCCAUCACCGGCGCCUCCGGGCCCCGCGGCAUGGGCAUCGAGGCCGCCCGCGGCUGCGCCGAGAUGGGCGCCGACAUCGCCAUCACCUACUCCUCCCGCAAGGAGGGCGCCGAGAAGAACGUCGAGGAGCUCAUGAAGUCGUACGGCAUCAAGGCCAAAGCCUACAAGUGCAACGUCGCCGACUACGCCGACGUCGAGCGUGUCAUCAACGACAUGAUCAAGGACUUUGGCAAGAUUGACGCCUUUAUCGCCAACGCCGGAGCGACGGCCGACACGGGCGUCAUUGACGGCACCGCCCAGCAGUGGGACAAGGUCAUCCAGAUCGACCUCAACGGCACCGCCUACUGUGCCAAGGCUGUCGGCGCCCACUUCCGGAAGCAGGGCCGCGGCUCCUUUGUCAUCACGGCGUCCAUGUCGGGCCACAUCGCCAACUUCCCGCAGGAGCAGACGUCGUACAACGUCGCCAAGGCCGGCUGCAUCCACAUGGCCCGCUCGCUCGCCAACGAGUGGCGCGACUUUGCCCGUGUCAACAGCAUCUCGCCCGGCUACAUCGACACCGGCCUGUCCGACUUUGUCGACAUGAAGACGCAGGAGCUGUGGAAGAGCAUGAUCCCCAUGGGUCGCAACGGCGACGCCAAGGAGCUCAAGGGCGCCUACGUCUACCUCGUCUCCGACGCCAGCACCUACACCACCGGCGCCGACCUCGUCAUCGACGGCGGCUACACCUGCCGAUGA